CUUCGUUUUUUCUUUAUUCCACAACUGCCCCUAUUUCCUAACCUUAUCUUUCCUCCACGAGAUUCCUUCUCUCGUCCACAAUCUCGCCAAAUAUUCUCUCUCACUCCUUCCUUUAUAGCCAUAUCAUGCUGGCAGCUUCAAGAUCCUACACCAUACGAAACAAAGAAGGAGUUGAUUGUUAUUUGUACUGGCGUACUGGUGUUGUAGAUGUGGUGAUCGAGACAGAUAAGAUACGGCGAUAUGGCAACGUGGUGCCGACGGCUCAACAGAGAAAACGCAGCGGCGCGGCGGCUGUGGUGGGAUGCCCUAGGACUAAUGGCGAGGUCGCCGGAGGAGCAGUGGCGGAGAUCGCCGGAGGACCAGUGGCAAAGGUCACCGGAGGAACAGUGGCAAAGGUCACCAGAGGACCAGCUGCGAGGCCGUUGCGGUUAGAGAACCGGCUGCAGCCGGUCAUGAGGUCGCCGGAUAAGCUGUGGCGGCGGAGUUUGUUGGAGGACCGACGUCGGAGGUUGUAUUUGGUGGGAGAGGUCUUUGUAGUGUUGGGGACAGAGGUCUCAGGAGGACCGGCGGCGGAGAUCGACGAAGAUCCGGCGGGCGGCAUAGGUCCGGCAGGCGGCGGAUGUCUGACGGCGGCAGGUGGCAGAGGUCCGGCAACGUUGGGGCGAGGUUCAGGGUGAUAAUCGGUGGUUUAUUAUAAGGCUUAACUAUUUUUCUUCUCUAGUAAGCUUCUUACAAGGUGGGGGUAUUUUUGUCUUUUAACAUAAAAGUAGUCCUAUUUAAGACUAAAAAAGUGUUACCUCCUAUUUAAGUUCCGUGCUUAUGUAUUAGUCUUAUUCAGGUCUUUUCCCCUUGUUUAUUCUAUCUUGCUGUGAUCGACAUACUAUUGUAUUAUUUGUAUAAUGCCUAGCUA